GUAUUGCUUAUUGAGGCCCAUAUUAUAUUAUAUAUGUUGUCCGAUCCCCUUAAAAAACAAAUAAACCUAGAAGAAGAAAUUAGGGCUUUGAAGAAAAGGGAGGAGAGAUGGAGGCGAUUCUAAUUGUCGGAGGGUCCGAAGAUGGGUUCGGAGCGGAUGAUGGGAAGCCUAACUUGUGGUUAGAAUUCCAUAAGGUGGAUCUGAAACAAGGAGGAAAAGUUGAGAAGAAUUGCUAUCCGAAGCUGCGUUCUUGGGGGAUGGUAGGUACCAUGUUUUUGGUCAAGUCCAAGCUGUGCUUGGCAGGAUGUACGGCCAAAGCUGAUCAAGCGGAGGAAUACGCCUGUUUUUUGGAUUUGGAUUCAGAUUCAAAUUCAUAUUCAGAUUCAGAGUGGAAGCAUUUACCCCUUCCUGUGGGGUGUCUGGCCUUCGGUACACUUGAUGGGAAGAUUUAUGGUCACAACCACUUUGACCGAUAUGCCGAAGAUGAAAAUCUAGGUUCAGACUGGUUCGAGAUUAUCAGGGAUCCUCUUCCUGAAGAGGAAGAGGGAGAGCAUGUGAUGAUUCCGGACCCACCCAACAACCGGAUUCUUUUCUACACGACUUCGGGCAAAAUGUAUGCUUACUAUCCUACUCACUGUGAAUCAAGACUCAGACUUGUGGCCGCUGAUGUGUCUCCUUGGUCCCCUUUGGUUGUCAUUGUGGCCAACAUCGCCUACAUUGCCGUGGGCAGCAAUUAUCCAUGGAUGCUUUAUGCCUAUGAUCUUUCCAAUGGAAAGUACUUGAAAUGUGUCUGGACCUCAACGGAAGUCGAUGGUGUUGACUUCUUUGAUUUUUUAUGUGAUGUCCGUGGCUUGUUUCACCUACCCAACACCAACAACUUCUGGCUUGCUGCUUGCACCCAUAGCAGCACCUCCAACUUGGUGCACCUCUACUUUGUCAAGUUCCAAGCGAGCCGCACCGACAAUGAUGACCGGAUCCUUUGCACUCCCCUUGAUCUUGUUCACUCUCUAAUUGGAAACACCGCCCAUGUUUUUAAAUUUCUCCUCAUUCACGGAUCACUCGACGGCUAGCCAGGAGGCUUGCAGUUGAACAAAUAAACCUUCAAUUCGUGUUUGUUGCUGUUAUCUACAAUUCAUCAUUUUAAAACUCUCACUCAUGUUGUCUACAAUUCACUGUUUUUUGGAUUUUAAAGGUUUUAAGCUUUUAAAAAGAAAAAGCUCAUCAUCUAAUCCCAAAAUUAUUUCCAAAAAUGAAAAAUAAACUCUCAUUCAUGAA